UCUUAAAAGAAUACAAUGAAGUAGAUGACUAUUGUUUUUUACACCUUUUUUUACAUAUGCGCCCGAAAUAUUAUCAUCUCCUCUAUGUACCAAAGAGUCCAGAAUUGAACUUCAAUUUUCAUUUAUUUGCCACUCAAAUUGAAGCGACUCUUCGGGUCAAGAGUUAAAUAAGAAAACAAUAAAUAGAAAAUGAGUUCGGAUCCAAGCAAUUUUCAAGGAUUGAUCCUUCCUUUUUUUACUCUACUUCUCAGUCGGAACAAACCAUCUUUCAUCCGAAAGAUAUUUUCUUUCAAGGUCGAAGAAUUACACAAAAGAUCAUUCUAUGGAUCUCAUACCUCGUUCUAUAAUUCGUACUUUGUUCAGAUUUUGGACAGAGCUAACGAGUCAAUCGAGCUCGUUAGCGAUUCACGAAUUGGAAGUCGCCAAAUAUAAAACAUUCGCUUCUCUACAAUAUCUUACAUGUUUAAUAGUAUUGCCUUGGGCAAUUUCAAUUUCAUUACAGAACAGUUUAGAAUCUUGGGUUACAAAUUGGUGGAAUACUGGUCAAUCAAAAAAAAAUUUUGAUUAUUUACAAGAAGAAAACGCUAUAAGAAAAUUUGAAAAAAUAGAAGAACUAUUCCUGUUAGAAAUAAUGGUGAAAGAUUAUUCAGAAACGCCUUCACAAGAUAUUCGUGUAGAGAUGCAGAAAAAGAUGAUCCAAUUGGUCAAAAUAUAUAAUCAAGAUUGUAUCCACAUCAUCUCACAUUUAUUAGCAAAUCUAAUAGGUUUGGUUCUUCUAAGUGUUUGUCUCAUUCUGGGUAAGAAGAAACUUGGCAUUCUAAAUUCUUGGAUCCAAGAAGUCUUCUACAGCCUAAGCGACACAAUGAAAGCUUUUUCUAUUCUUUUAGUAACCGAUCUAUGUAUUGGGUUUCAUUCGCCCCAUGGUUGGGAACUGAUGAUCAAUUGGAUCUUCGAAAAUUAUGGAUUUGCUCAUAACGAACGAAUAAUAUCUGGUCUUGUUUCAACUUUUCCAGUCAUCUUAGACACAAUUUUCAAAUAUUGGAUCUUCCGCCGUUUAAAUCGUAUAUCUCCUUCACUUGUAGUAAUUUAUCACUCGAUGAAUGAAUAACCAAUGGUUUCUCCCCCAUU